AUGAAUAGCGAGAAACCUGAAGGAGAAGAUAACAUAUCUUUAGUAGCAAAUAAAUUAUAAUAAUAUGAAGAUGAGAUAGUUAAAAAAGCUAAGCAAGUAGAGCAAGAAAUGUUUUAGCUUAAGGAAUAAAAACUUGAAUUGCUUUUGAAGAUGUUCAAAGAUUAAUUGGCAAAAGAUUAUCAAAAUGAUAUAUAAAAGUUUAAGCAAGAUCAAGAAGAUGAGUAGAAAAAGAAUGAAUAAAGUCUCAACAAAGAAAAAAAUAUGAAAUUAGAAAAAAUAGAAAAAAUGAGUGCAAACAUAGCAUAAUAAAUAAAAACCCUUCAAUUAAUGUAAGAAGAUAUAUUAGAAAAGAAAGAAGAAAUCGAGAAUUCAUACUUAGCUGCUUUAGAAUACCUAAAAAAAGAAACACAAAAUAAUAUUCUUGAAUUCUAGUAGAGAUGCAAAGCAUAGAUAGAAAACAAAGUCAAAGAAUUUAAAGGCUAAGUUUCUAUGAGAAAUUUUUGA